CCACUUCCCGCUUUGAUUACCACCUACUCCUUCCACCUAUACCAAUCAGCAUACAUCUCACUCUUGUCUACUCUUCCUUUGAGGCUCUCUAUUACCUCAAGCAUACACGCUACGGUCUCCUCUGGCUCCUGCUGGUCGUGCAAGGCCCCGAGUGACCCCCGACUCAUCUGGACGGGCCGUUACCACCCUGUAGACCUGGGAUCACUCUCUCGCGUGUAGCCAAGCAUGAGCUCUGCUCGGGCAGUCGCGCAAGCAAAACGUUCAGCUGCCCUCGAGGCACUGAAGGCCAAACGCAAUGGUCUCAAUGCGCCCGCGCCCAAGCGCGACGACGGAUCGUCUUCCGGAGAUGAUGACCUCUAUGAUGAGGUGUCAGAACAAGAGUACAAGUCUAUCCUCCGUGGACGGAUGAUGGACGAUGACUUCAUCGAAGACGAUGAUGGCAGUGGCUACGUCGACGAUGGGCGCAACGAAUGGGAGCGCAGCGGUGGAGAGGACAGCGCCGAAGAGAGUGAGACGGAGGCCGACUAUUAUGAGAGGACGGGCAAGAAGAAGCCAAAGAAGAGGAAAGGUGGCAAGAAGGGAGAUUCUGGCGACAAAUCGGCCUCCUCCCUCACACACGCAUUCGCCCGUCAGCCAGCUCAGUCUCGCCUCGGCCAGGGCAUCUCCGCAUCUUCAAGCGCACGCAAGGCGGCGGAGGAGCGGUCAACAGCUGCAAUGGAGGCCUACCGGCCCAAAGUCAGCCGUGAGAAAGAAGAGGACUUCAUGAAACGGCUGAUGGGUGGUCUCGCGUCUUCUCCUUCAGCCAUCGGUGGCGCUUCAGCCGCUCCUCAAACCCCAUCUCCAGCUCCAGCACUUCGAGGAUACCCCGGUCGGGCUUCCGGCUACAGUCUAGCCACUUCCUCGACUACUCCUACCUACGCCAGUCGCAAGCGUCCUCUGCCUCUUGGUGGAGGCAAUGCCCCUUCUGUCACCUAUCGCACAGACAAGCGCCAUCAAUACCCGUCCUCGCCCUCGGAGGACACCUCGGCGCCCUCAAGUGACCUACCCGACCCUUCUUCCGAUGGUCCGGGCGCCCCAGUGCACAUCUCUGGUAGCGACACCCCGCCGUGGGAAUCGAGAGGAGGGCGCCGUGGCGAUGACGAUGACGGCUUCGAUUUCGGCAAUGACGACUUUGGACUCGCAGAUGUACCUCACAAGAAGUUGAGAUCCACCGCUAACAUGACCCCCACAGCUCGAGGUGUGACGGGUCAGAUCGGCUCGAUGGGCUUGCAGAAUGAAAGCACCUCCCGACCAAAAGCUCUCCGGAUGCAAAUGGGAGGACCAAGUGACGAAGAUGAAGACGACGAGGACCUCGCGGUGCAAGCUCCCAAGGCGACUUCGACCCUAGGCCCCGCUAAGCGAAGGAUGAACGUCAGUGCGGAAGCUGCUGCGCCGCCCCAGCCGACAGCCCUGCAGCACUCUCCCGCCAUCGUCGAAGCCAAGGCAGCUGUAGCUAGCACGGAAAAUGCCCCAUCUGGCCCCAAGAACGGCAAUGCUGCUUGGCAGUCCGUCCACGCUUCACUCAGUAGUGUCAACGCAGGCACAGUGGAAGCCUCGUCUGCAGAGGCUGAUGCUCAGGCCGACUCCUCUACUGGCUCUGGUGUCAAUGCCUUGAACGAUGAUAAGUCGCUGCCCUUCUACUGGAUGGAUCACAUCGAGCUGGAGGCCGGUAUCAUCCUCCUGAUCGGCAAGGUCAAAGAUCGCACGACCGGCAAAUAUGUCUCCGCAUGUCUGCGAGUGGAGGGCAUCGAGCGCUGCGUCUUCCUUCUCAUCCGUGACAAGAAGAUUGCCGAUGGUCAUGCUACUGAUGCCACACCGACGGAGGACGAGAUCUUGGAUGAGUUCGAUGAGGUCAGGGAGAAGCAUGGCAUCAAGAAUUUCUUGUCGAAGACAGUGCAACGUCAUUACGCUUUCGAGAGCCCAGGUGUGCCAGCAACGGGUACAUACUUGAAGGUCAAGUACGGCUUUGACGAGCCGGCGCUCCCCACCGACAUCUCCGGCAAGACUUUCUCGCAAGCCUUUGGUACCCAGACGUCUGCGAUGGAGCUCUUCUUGAUCAAGAGAAAGAUCAUGGGUCCUUGCUGGCUCAGGGUGACGUCAGUCGACACACUCAGUCUGUCAAAGCCCCUGAGUUGGUGCAAAGCCGAGUACAGUAUCGACGAUGCCAAAUUCCUUUCGCCCUACAGCGACGCUGCCAAGGCCACUGGAGAGGCAGGUGCCGACGCUGACGGCAACGGUGGCGAUGACUCUUCUGCACCACGAGAGGUGCCGCCUCUUACCAUCGCCUCCCUUGCUCUUCGCACUGUCCACAAUCACCAAGCCAACAAGCGCGAGAUCGUGGCACUCUCCAUGAGGACAUGGUCUGAUGCUCAGCUCGAGGACAUCAGAAAUCCUGAGGAACGACCCAGCUCAGUCUGGACCGCUGUACGACCGCUCGCUGGACAGUGGCCGACUGGCUUUGAGGCUGAAGUCCGCAAGCAGGGAAAUAAGAUCAAAGCAAUGCGUUUCGAGCGACAGCUGCUCAACGGGUUGCUUGCGCAGAUCCAGCGCCUUGAUCCAGACAUCAUCUUGACCCACGACUUUGCUGCCACUGAUCUCGAUGUCCUUCUCGCUCGGAUGAGGGAGCUCAAGGCUGAUCAUUGGAGCAAGAUCGGUAGACUGCGUCGCCCACUGUGGCCAAAGCUCCGCAACGGCUGGAACUUGGGCCUCAUGAAAGGUCGACUUUGCUGUGACCUGGGAAGUGAUGUCGGUAAGAGCAUGAUCACCUCGACUACCUGGUCACUCACGGAGAUGGUCGGCACACAUCUCAAGAUCCAGCGAGAAGACAUCGAUCCCGAUGACGUUCCAUCAUACUUUGAUGCAGCUGCCCCGAACCCGAAGCAGCUGUUGACCUUCCUGCAGCACUGUGAGGUAGACACAUUCUUCCAGAUGUCCAUCGCUCACAAGGUGCAGAUCCUGCCUCUGACCAAGCAGCUCACUAAUCUGGCUGGUAACACCUGGGCCAGAACCCUCAGCGGCGGUCGUGCUGAGCGAAAUGAGUACAUUUUGCUCCACGACUUCCAUCGAAGGAAGUUUGUCGUGCCAGACAAGGUCACCAGCGGCAAGCGAGCAGCGGCCGCAAAGGCGGCUGCUGCUGCCGAAGCUGAAGCUGAAGAUGGAGCUGAGAGCAAGGGCAAUGCCGGCGCGAGCAAAAAGUCGAAAAAGGACAAGUUCAAGGGUGGUCUGGUCUUCGAUCCGAAGAGAGGCCUAUGGGACCGCUACGUGCUGGUCAUGGACUUCAAUUCGCUCUAUCCAAGUAUCAUCCAGGAGUACAACAUCGACUUCACCACUGUCGACCGCUCGCGGUGGAACGAGGUAUCAGCGGACGCAGAAGAGGAGCUGGAAGGUGUACCGGACAUCCCAUCGUCCGACGUUAGCCAGGGUGUACUGCCCAAUCUCAUUGCUAAGCUCGUUGAGCGUCGACGUCAGGUCAAGUCACUCAUGAAAGACAAGCGAGCCCCUGCUCACAAGCAGUUGCAAUGGAACGUCAAGCAAUUGGCUCUGAAGCUGACCGCCAACUCGAUGUAUGGAUGUCUGGGUUUCGAGGGAAGCCGAUUCUACGCGCGUCCACUCGCGGCCCUCACCACCUACAAGGGAAGAGAGAUUUUGACCGCUACCAAGGAGCUAGCUGAGUCUCUCGGGUUGGACGUCAUCUAUGGUGACACUGACUCGGUCAUGAUCAACACCAAUGCGAUGACGUACGCCCAGGCUGCUCGGAUCGGUGCGGACUUCAAGAAGGCCGUCAAUGAACGCUAUCGCCUCUUGGAGAUCGACAUCGAUGCCGUAUUCGAGCGCAUGCUCCUCUUGCAGAAGAAGAAGUAUGCUGCUAGAAAGGUGGAGGAGGUAGAGGUGAUGCCUUCGGGUGAAGAGAAGAAGAAGGUCACCACCGAGAUCAAGGGUCUUGACAUGAAGCGACGAGAGUAUUCCACUUUGAGCAAGAACGUCUCGAGCUACGUCUUGGAACAGAUCCUCUCCGGAGAAUCUACCGAGAAUGUCGUUGCCUCCAUUCACGGCUAUCUGACCGAGGUGGGCGAGUCCGUUCGCGGUGGUCAGAUCCCUCUGGAGGACUUCAUCAUCUUUAAAAGGCUCGGAAAGGAUCCCAAGGCCUACGGCACCAACAUCACUGGGCAGCCUCAUGUGCACGUCGCGCUACGAAUGCAAGAGCGAGGACAGAGUGCCCGCAUGGGCGAUGUGAUCCCAUACAUCUUCUGUCUGGCCGCCGAUGGCACGUCUAGCUCUAAGUCGGCUCAGGCGGACAAGGCCCACCAUCCCGACGAGCUACGAAAGCAAGACUCGGAGCUCAAGGUAGACUACGAGCACUACCUCGCACUACAGAUUCUUCCUCCCAUCGAGAGGAUGUGCGACUCGAUUCAGGGUACGGACCGCUCGAGGCUGGCAGAAUGCCUCGGACUGGACGCCUCGCGCUACGGAGUGAGUCAGGUUGCCAGCCUGACUUCGGCCGACCGUGAAUUCACCAGCUUGGACAGCCAGACGCCCGACGAGGUUCGCUUUGCAAAGUGCGAGCGACUGUCUAUCAAGUGUGGGCGCUGUGGCGAGACGAGCGCAUUCGAAGGUCUCGCCGAUGCCAAGAUGGGAGAGAAUGCCAUGCUGCGUCCGGAGGGUCUCUUCUGCCCCUCUGAGGCCUGCGGUGGCAGAACCAGCCUGCCCCUCGCCAGCGUGGCCAUCCAGCUCGAGGUGUCUAUCCGACGACACAUUUCGCGAUACUACACCUCCUUCCAAGUCUGCACGGAACCGUCCUGCGGUACACGCACUCGUCUGCUAGGCGUAUACGCCAAGCGAUGUCUAGUACCUCACUGUCGCGGUGCAGUAGCACCAGAGUACACGGAUAAAGCACUGUACGACCAACUCUGCUACUACACUUCCCUCUUCGAUGUCGAAGGCGUUGCAGAAAAAGUCAAGGGCAAGGCGAAUGAAGAAGAGGUGAAGAUUCUCUGCAAGAGGAAUGCCGAGGCAUUAGGACUCUUGAGUCGCUCUAGUAGGAAGUACCUUGACAAGAAUGGAAGGAGAUUCGUAGAUCUGGGCAAGGUCUUUGGGAGGGGAGGGAGGAGAGUGGGGGCCUGAUGAGAAACUCAGGUACCUAGAGUUGGGGUUCGGGUGGAGGUGAAAGUGGAAGAUUCUUGCGCUAGAUCGAUACAUUCUGCACGUCGCUACAUGUCUCUGUUGAUGUUCUUCUCAAUGUCCCGCCGAUGACCGUCUUGUUCUCUUUCUGUCACUUUUUUCCCAAGCAUCUCUCACAAAUAGCAAUCAGAGCUGGAAGGAAUCAAGCUACAGGUGUGUAUAUCGAGCGAUUGAUCAUCAAAGUGAAUAAAGUUGACAUUGACUAUUGGAAUUUGGCUCCG